AUGGGCCAGGCGUUGCCGGCCAUCCCCUGGCUGCGAGUGCUGCUACCGUUGCUAGUGCUCUGCCAAACGAAGGCACCGGUGGUCGGCGAAGCGCUGCCUCCGCUCUUCUUCAAGGAGGAGCCUCCCAGCACGGUCUUGUUCCUGAACAGUAGUGGCGCCGUGGUGCCGUGUUCGGCGGGCGGCGUGCCGACGCCCUCCACGGCCUGGCGCAAGGCGGACGGCGGGCCCGUGCUCACCGAGCUGCCGGGCCUGCGCCAGCUGCGCUCGGACGGGUCCCUCGUGUUCCCGCCGUUCGGUGCCGAACAGUACCGUCCCGACGUGCACGCGACCAGCUACCGUUGCGAAGCGUCCAACAGCUACGGCAUCAUUGGGAGCCGAGACGUCAGGGUCUCCGCAGGUACGUGCCGUUUGUUUGGCCACACAGAAGGCAACAUAUAUAUCUCCUGCUAA